GCCGAAUACAUAAAAUGACCAGGUGUUUCGUGUAUUAUUUGUUUAUUUGUAUAUAUUUUCAUAAUGUGCAUAAUUUGGAUGUUAAUCGAUACUUGGAUAGUACAUUGGGAGUAUUGAAGGAUAUUAAAGGAACUGCUAUCGAUCCUGAGGAUAUUAUCAAAAAUGGUAAAAAUGAAAUUUUAUUAAAACUCUACCAAGAAAACUCCCUACAUGAAAUCAACAGUACUAUAAAAAUGAUUUCGAUGUUUAAUCAAACGCACAUUUUCACUAAAACUGGAAUAUUUUAUUUGAAUAAUAACUUAUCAAUAUUUUCGUACCAAAAUGGCGACAACAUGAAAAAAUUUGAGGAAUUCGAAAAAUUAACAUUAUUCAAGGGCAUCGAGUUUGGUGAAAUCGGUUUUGUGAUAAUUAAUUUCGGAUUUACGGGAGAUUCGUACAUUUAUCAAUUUACGAAUAAUCGCUAUAAUUUGAUUCAAACUUUAUGGACACCUGACGCCAGCGAUGUCCAUUUUUUUAUGAACAAUAAUAAUCUGUAUUUACUCGUUGUAAAUAACAAAGGAGACAGCUUGGUCCAAACAUCGAUAUAUAAGUGGCUAGGGUUUCAUUUUGAUGAAAUUCAAACAGUUUUUACGACUGGAGCAAUAAAAGUCGAAUCUUUUACUACCCGUACUGCAGAAAUUAUUAUUAUUUUACAAGAUAUACCUAACAAAGCAUUGCCGGCAGCGGUGUUUAAAUUUAAUAACGAUGAAAUUAAAAAGAUACAAUUAUUAGAUAUCCACGAAGGAAUGAACUUGGUAACUCAUAUAAACCGGGGGAAAAUAUUCGUUUUAAUAUUUGGUUCAAAUAAAACCAACUUGGUGUAUGUUUGGAAUGGUUACCAGCUGGUUCUUGUAAACAAAUUUCAAACUGAAGAAGCAGUUGCUAAUUUUGGACUAUACAGAGUCAAUAAUAGGUCUCUAUUAGAAAUUCCUCUCGAAAACAACCUACAAAUAUACGAAAUUAACAAUGAAAUCGAAUUAUUACAAAACAUCCAAUAUCAGUCCAAUUUAUCAAAAAUUGCAGAUAUUCUUAUUGCAUACGAUGGAACUACUUAUAUAGCAGGAUUCGAUGACAACAAUGUUACAAAAAUAAUUCGUAUUUCCUUGACAUAUAAUUUUACCAACUCAGAGGAAACAACACCAAGCAGGGAUGUAUUGAGAAACUGUUAUAAAAAUAUGGAAUUUAAGGUAGAUCUCAUAAAUAAAAAACUCGAUUCAAUUAAAAUACCCGAUGGAAACUCUUCCUAUGGAAAAACCGAACAAAACGAUGCUAAAGUCAAACGCGCUGCAGUACAGGAAUCUGUAGGUGACAGUCAAAUUAAAAAUCUGGAAAGCUGGUUUUCCAGAGUCAAUUCGAGUGCAAGUAACUAUAAAUUUGAAAACAACAGCAACAUUACGAUUAAUGGCAAUGUGAUAUUUAAAAAAAUUGUUUCUGCUGCGAAAUUAGAAGGACAUAACAUUUUACUAAAAUCAGUAAAUAAACGAAAGUGGGUACCAGAGCAAUGGUUAAGAUAUGAAAAACCUCAAACAAUAUCAGGACUAUCUAAACUAAAAACAGUGGUAGCAAAUUAUUUUGAAACAUCUCCUCUGGAUCCCUUAUUUAAAGAUUUGUUGUUGAAAAAUAAAAAUCAAGAAUUCACCAAAUUUGUAUCGAUAAAUUCACUUACUGUGCCCAAAAUAUAUCUAAAAACUCUUAACAAUAUUUCUAUGGAGGUCUACUCGGCAGAAAAACUGGGUAAAAUUGAAGGAAUCCACAGACUUAUCAAUUUGAAUGUUGAUCAUAUCAUCACCAGAAUGAGCCAGGAACCAUCUGAUGAAAUUGUAUCCUCACCCAACUUCGAUUUAAAUUCAAAUAUCACCAUAGAGAAUUUAACAGUCGAAACUAUUAAUGGAAUUCGUUGGGAAGAAUUUAAGAACUCGGUAUUUAGAAUUAACCUCACCAAAGAAAUAGAAGGACCCUUGACAUUUUCGGAAAUCAAAACGAAACAUCUGGUUACCAAAAAAAUCAAAGACACCGACGCAAACGAUCUAUUCACAACAACAACGGAUCAAAUAAUCGAAUCAAAUAUGAAAUUUUCUCAUAUUUUCACGAAGGAGCUAAAUGUGGAAACUGUAAAUGGCAUUCGAAUACCUGAAGACGUAGUUCUGCUAAACGAAACCACAACCAUUGAAGGACCAGUAAUAAUGAACAAAGUCGAGGUAUUGGGUAACUGGACCAAAUCAGAAAACAUAUCCUUUUUGAGAGAAAAUAGUGAUAUUGUCGACAAAAUCAAGUCAGAUCAACUACAAAUUUACAGCGGAAACGUAACUAUCAAUGGUAAUUUGUAUGUUCCAAGUUUAUCGUUGUUGCCUGCUGCUAAGUUAAUGGUAUCUGAUAACGAGGUCAAUUCAAAUUUCGGCAACAUUUAUUGGACCAAAAAUACUCACCAGAAAAUUCCCGUUAAUGUAAACUUUCUACAAGGCAUCAGCACCCCGCAUCUCUUGACUAAGGUUUUGAACAACGUCAAAAUAGAUCAGUACAUGUUAAAUAACAAUGCGAAGAACCUAGAAACUGAUUUUGAAUUCGAAAAUGUUACUGUUACCGGCGAUGUUUUACUUAGAGCUGCUUCGCAACACAAACCGAAUUUAGAUGACUUAUUGAAAACUGCUGUGUUAAAUAAUGGAAGUUACAUCAUUCACGGCAAAAAAACCUAUUCGAAUACACUGAAAGUUAAAAAUUUGCAAACGAAUGAAUUGCAAGGAAUUAAAGUGUCUGAAGCUGUAAAUAAGAGAUGGAAUCAAAAUAUUACUGGUACGAAAAUUCUAAAACACCUAAUUGUUAAAAACGGUGCAUUCUUCGACAUUGACGGGCUUGAAACCAUCAAUGAUGUCUCACUGAAAGAAUUCCUUGAAAAAACAAUUUUUAUUGAUCGUCCUGAAAAUAUUUCCCAACUGGAUUUCGAUAGCGUCACCGUUAAUCAUCUUAAAAUCACGAACUUGAACAACCACAACAUUAAAGAUUAUAUUUCAUUCCAACAGAAAUUACAAAAUAUAAGCUCGUUGAAAAAUUUAAUAGUAAAAGGAAACCUCCAAGUUAAUGAUAUGAAAUUAGAAUUUUUAAACGACAUUCCUUUCAGUGUUCUUCUUAAAUUGAGACCCACUACUGAAAAUAAUACAAUUAUAAACGAUGUUGAAUUUGCGGGAAAUAUACAUGUGAAGAACCUAAUAGCUCAAACCAUUAAUGAUAUCGACUGGAAAAAUCUUACAGCUAGAAUUCUGAAUCGGCAUUAUCCUCAAAUAAUUCCAGCUCACUACACUUUCUCUAAUAUAAAAUCGAAAAAUAUAUUCACUAAUAAAAUAAAUGAAGUUAUCGUGGAGGGUCUCAUAGACACAAGCAGCACGUCCUCGCAGAAGAUAUACCAACCAAACGCACCUCUGUUUCUUUCAUCCAUAACUUCAAAAUAUCUAGAAGCGUCUAAAAUAGCACCCUGCUCUUUAGAUGCAAUUAAUGAGCUUUUCAAUGAUCCACCCACGAAAAAUUGGAACGAAAUUUCUAUCAAAGGACAUGUUACUGCUUUAGAUGAUGAGUCCAUUUUGCACAGGUUAUUUGAGAAAACAGUGAAACUGAACUCCAAAAACACCAUACACGCUGAAGUGAAUUUUUCGUCACAUGUUUUGAUUAAAAACGUUCACAUGCAUGGUUUACUUAAUGGCGUGAAUAUUCCUUACUUACUAAAUGAUGCAAUUCUAAAAAAUUCUGCCAAAGAACAGGAAAUCACUGGAAAAAAACAUUUUAAUGCGUUAGUAACGAAAAGCGCAAAUGUACUGGGCAAUGUGGAAACAACAUUUUUGAAUAAUGAAGAUGUCAAUGCUCUUAACAAUGAUAUCGUUGAUAAGAAUGGAGACAAAAUUAUUAAAGGGAAGAAAACAUUUUACGGAGGUGUUCAAGCAAAUCGAUUCAAUAGUAAAACUAUUAAUGGUGUUGAUCCCGAAGAUAUAGUUAAUUUGGACUAUCUUAAACCCAUCCCUGAAGCAACAUUUGAUACCGUUGAAAUUACGGGAGAAUUUAAUUUCAAUUCUUAUAAUGGAAGAAACUUUACUGACUUUUUAGAAAAAAGAUUACUUACAAACAGUCCACACCAAGUCGCUACGGGAAUGUACUUUUUCGAACAUUUAGAAAGUCAAAAUUUCACCACUCCAUCUAUAAAUAACAUAAAAAUAGACGAAAUGGUUUUUGAUAUAGACACUCAGGAAAUUUUUGGAUCUAAACAAUUCAAACAACCCCUAGCUAUACACGGUAAUGUAACUAUCGAUUUCGUUAACGGUGUUAAUCUUUCCUACGAAUUCGCAAAUUCUAUACCUCUGGAGGGACAAGCCGAGCUAAUUGGCAAUGUCUUUGCGCGGAAACCUGUUGUUAUCAAUGGUUCGAUAAAUACCAAUUCAAUAAACGGUAUCCAAAUUAGCACGAUUAAAGGUAUAUUAACAUCUAACACCACAAAAACCGAAAGCGAGAAAAUCUUCCUUCUGAAGCAGCAAAUAAUUAAAAAAAUCCAACGCAGCCUUCCUCUAAUAGAAAGUUUGCCAACGGUAUUUAUGUAUCUGGAGAAAUCAGAUGAGCUUCAAGUAACAGUUCCUAAUGCUCUCAGUGCCUCAACAAUAGAAUCCAACGGCUUCGUUUUGAUACAAGUCAAUGGUCAGGAAUCGGGAAGAUACUGUGGAUUGCCCAAUCACUGCUCUUGUCCUGUACAAUACACAAUCGAAAUAACCCCUCAUAAUUCCGUUUCGGUACUACCAAAUAAGGGAUUUCAAAGAAUUUUCAGCUACAACGACGAAUCCGUUUUUGUUAACUUCAUUACUAAUAGCAUUAGUACGAGUUCAGAAUGCAGGACUAAUCGUUCGAAAGUAUUCAAUGAAGUAUCUAUGUUAACGUGGAAUACGAAAACUCAAGGAAACGAAAUGGGUCAAUUCUUCCAUUACGAUAAGUUCUUAUCCGGUUAUAUUAGCAAAGUGGUAUUCUUUACAAGCGAUGAAGAAACGUACGCUGUGAUAGGAAGGUAUUAUGAUCCCGUCGCUGACACGUACAACUUAAAUUGUAGCGUCCUAAAGUUUAGUAAAAAUAAGACUCGCAUGGAUGAAAUUCAAGUGAUACCCACCAAAGGAUUACAGGAGGUUUAUGUAUUCCAAACAGCCCAGGGAGUUGUACUAGUGCUUGGAAGUAAAACGCCUUUCGACGUCCAUCACAAAGAGGAAGAAACACAAAUAUACAGAUUCAAUAAUAUAAAAGGAAAGUUUGAUUAUUUGCGCACUGUUCCUUCGUUUGGUUGUUCAAAUGCUGUUGGAAUUACACAAGGAUCCGAUAGUUUGAUAGCUUUAACUCACAGAGAAGCACCUGUACAAGUUCUCAAAUACGAUCCAGUAUUUGAUACCUACUAUUAUUACCAAACAAUUGACUUAGGUGAACUUGUCGUUGGAAUUUCUUCAUUUUAUGUAGGAGGUUUUGGAAUAAGUGAUGUCUAUUUAUGUUUAGUAACGUCCCAUGAAAAUUAUUAUAUUUACACUUACCGAUUUUUGGAAGGACUCGUUUUAAAAUCCAAAGGAAACCUAGAAGGAUUACAGGAUUUCGUUCCCUUCGAACACAACAACCAAUCUUAUUUGUUUGUUCCUUCUACGAAUUACAGUUCCUUAUUAACAGUCGUAACAAAUGGUGCUCGUUGAAAUUAUUUAUUAUAUUUAAACAUUGUUUUAUUAGAUAUAUUCGAAUUUUAAAAUUGUU